AUGGGGAAAGGUCGCAACAACAAGGCCAGCAAGAAGGUAGUCGACAAUGGCCAGGAGAAUGGAGUGCCUGACGUACCUGACGUACCUAUGAAGGAUGCUGCUGAUAAAGGGCGAGCGCCGUCCUCUUCCACGACGCCUGUAGUGCUUGGACCUUUCGAAGACCUGCUGGACCUGCAGACCAAGGCUGAUCGCACCGACGGACAAGACGGGGAUGGUGCUGAUGGUGUUGACGAAAACGCCGCUAAAGAUCGUACGGCUGCCGAUGAAGAGGUCGAUGCGGAUGCGGAUGCGCAGGAGGACAAGGAAGCCUCGUCGGACCAGGCUCCUGAUGAUGACGAUGACGGUUACUUGAGCGACGACUCAGACGAACACCUGGAACCGGACUCGCUUGGUAGUAUCAUUGCUUUGAAAAGAUUCUCGCUAACUUUGCUGGUGCCGAUUCACAGGAAGCCUGAAGUCAAGCGGGCCGCUGUAACAGUGGCUGCCUUGCUGGAUGACUGGAAGGAGCAGCUGUCGCCUGAUGUGCUGCAGACAACGACCUAUCAAGAGCUCACGGCGACUUACUUUUCCAGCACGCGUUAUGGUCGCCUUCAAGUUACCUUCAACCAUGUCAGGGACGCGAACUUCGUCUGGGGUCAGAUCAUCAGCCAUGCGUGUGUGAACGGCGACAUCGUCGACUUUACCUGGCAGCAUCCUGAAGAUGCGCGCUUCCUACGUGAGCGUCUGCUGAAUCCGACGGCGAAAGAAGUUGUUGUGAAAGGGGUGCCUGCGGAGAUCACUGCUGAAUUAAUUCGUCACCUGCUGGUGGUGUCGAAGCUGGUUAAGCGUGGCAGGAGCGCAUUCGCCAGUGGCUUCGGCUUUCAUCGUACUGUCGACCCGGUCACUGGGCUGGACACCGAUUGCAUUCGCGGCCUGGUUGUCCCUCACGCUGAUGAUGAGUACCGGUGGAGGUACUUUGUGGAGGACCCGUCGACGGGAAGGUGUUACAUGCUUCACUUCCCGUCGCUUACCUGCGAGCUCUGCAGCGGUCAGCACCUGUCCCGGUACCAUGACCAUUACACCGUGUGCGAGAAGGCUCAAGGGAAUCGUUUCGAACAGGCGGCGGCUCAUGUUGCUUCUGCUAGGCACAAAGGAGGGCUGAGGAAAGACGGUGCUGCAACGCGUGCCAGCAAGCACUCUCAGAAGAUGGCUGCCUUCAAAAAGGAGUUCAUGGCCCCGCCGGCAAAGAAGUGA